CCACCCCUUUAUCUCACAAAACACACACCCUUUAAUCUAUCUCCAAAAUGUUCAAACGUCUUCUUCUCGCCAUUUUUAUAGUGGGAGUGGUUCUCCUCCCGAGACCCCUACUGGCUCAAAACUGUGGCUGUGCUGCCGACCUGUGCUGCAGCCGGUGGGGUUUUUGCGGCACCGGCAAUGACUACUGCGGCACGGGGUGCCAGGGGGGUCCCUGCUACCCGCCGAACAAUGUUUCGGUGGAAAGUAUAGUGACGGAUGAGUUCUUUAAUGGGAUUCUUGAUCAGGCUGAUGCGAGUUGUGUUGGGAAAAGCUUCUACUCUCGAUCGAGUUUUCUUGAAGCUCUUGGUUCAUUCUCUACGUUUGGGAGGACCGGCACUGAUGAGGAUUCGAAACGUGAAAUUGCAGCCUUCUUUGCUCAUGUUACUCAUGAAACAGGACAUUUUUGCCACAUUGAAGAGAUAGAUGGUGCCACCAAGGACUAUUGUAAUGAAACAAACACACAGUAUCCCUGCAAUCCCAACAAAGGCUACUACGGUCGUGGACCGAUCCAACUAUCGUGGAAUUACAAUUAUGGACCGGCUGGAGUCUCCCUUGGCUUUGAUGGCUUAAACGCCCCUGAAACUGUUGCCAAUGAUCCUAUCAUAUCAUUCAAGACUGCCUUGUGGUACUGGACUAACUCUGUUCAACUUGUAAUGAACCAAGGGUUCGGUGCAACCAUUCGAGCCAUCAAUGGUGAUCUCGAAUGUGAUGGUGGAAACCCUAGCACGGUUCAGACUCGGAUUAACUAUUACACUGACUAUUGCAACCAACUUGGUGUUUCUCCUGGUGAUAAUCUUACUUGCUAAGAUUUAAAUUUAGCGACACAAAGUUUUUUUUUUUGUAAACUUGAUUUGUUGUGGUUUUUGUCUUUUGUACUUCAUAGCUUGCUUGAAUCUUGAUUAUGAUUCAUGCAAGGGCUCAAUAAAAUAAAAUAAAAUAAAGAUUCAUAUUUA